AUGGCUCUACAAGAAUCAAAGUUAGGAGUGGUGAACAAUAAGUUAUGUGCACAAUUAUGGGGAGGGGACGAUGUUGGGUGGAUGAGCGUAUCGGCAAAUGGAAGAAGUGGUGGGGUAAUUACUAUGUGGGAUAACAACAAAGGGAAGUUGGUGUCUUCCUUCCAAGGACAAGGCUAUUUAGGUGUGAUAUUGCAAUGGGGAGUGAAUGAAGAUGUUUGUGUGAUUGUGAACGUUUAUGCACCGUGCGUGCUACAAGCCAAGAAAGCUCUUUGGGUGGACUUAUUGGUAGCUAGAAGAUUCCAUGUAGCGGAACAUUUCUGUAUAUUGGGAGAUUUUAAUUCCGUUAGGAGUCCGGAGGAGAGGAAGGGAGUCUCGGUGGGUCUUGAAAAUUCGGAGGACACUAGGAUUUUCAACGUGUUUGUUGAUAAUAUUGGUUUGGUUGAUC